AUGACACUGCAGGAAAUGGAUUUGAGAGGAGAGAACUACAGCACAGCCACAGGGUUUAUCAUCCUGGGCUUCUCCAGCCGGCUGUCCUACCAGCAGAUGCUGUUUGGGCUGUUCCUUAUCAUGCACCUGGUCACCUUGGGGGGACACAUGACCAUUGUUUUGGUCACCCUGGUAGACCCUGCACUGCACAUCCCCAUGUAUUUCUUCCUCCGUAAUUUGUCUGUCAUUGAGAUCUGCUACACGUUAGUCAUUGUACCCAAGAUGCUGGCCAACUUCCUGGCUGGAAACCACAGGAUUUCCUUGGUUGGUUGUGCCACACAGAUGUGUUUCUUCAUUGCCUUGGGUGGUGCAGAGUGCUUUUUGCUGGCUGCCAUGGCUUAUGACCGUUAUGUGGCCAUCUGCAACCCCCUACGCUACACCCUGAUCAUGAGCAGGCCUCUCUGCCUGCAGCUCCUAACAGUGGCCUGCACCAGUGGCUUCCUGCUGUCGCUGGGACUCACUGCUUUGAUUUUCCAUCUGCCCUUCUGCCACUCCCAUGAGAUCAACCACUUCUUCUGUGACAUCCCACCUGUGCUGGAGGUGGCCUGCUCUGACACCCAUGCUGAUGAGGUGGCUGUCUUCCUUGUCUGUAUGUUGAUAUUGAUGGUGCCAUUCCUGAUGAUCCUGGCCUCCUAUGUGCUCAUUGUCGCCUCUAUCCUACGCAUCCACUCUGCCCAGGAACGCAGGAAGGCUUUCUCCACCUGUGCCGCCCACCUGGUAGUGGCUGUCCUCCAUUACGGCUGUGCCAUCUUCAUCUACAUACGGCCCAAAGCCAGCUAUGCCCUGGAGCAGGACAAGGUGGUAUCACUGAUCUACACCAAUGUCACACCCAUGCUCUACCCUGCCAUCUACAGCCUGAGGAACAGGGAGGUACAGGGAGCACUUAGGAAGGUCUGGGAUCGUAUCUUUCUUCUAUAA